CAGCAUACACCUUUCCGCACCGAGUAUAUUUCCACAAUACAGGCAAGGUAUAAGAGACCGCAGCGGUGGGCACUUAAGCUAUUACUAGAGCGAGGCGUGAUCCCGCUCCGCAUCGACGAUGGUGGAGUCGCAACCACCUGCACGCAAACCUGGGGCUUAACUUCUACGUUCCCUUACAUAACCAUCCCGCUAUACCAGCAAACAAAAAGCAGAGCAUAUUUUGAGUUCCUCAUUCCACAUCCCGAACGAGCGGAAGUGACGCGACUAAUCAACAUCCUCGGACAAAACAGAAUGGGCUAUGGCAUCUCAACACAGACCUACAAUUCUGUCACUCAAACAUCCCAGACUUCAACCGCCAGCAAUGAGCGGAAUCGACCUAAAUCUGGACCAAACUUUCCUCUUUCUAGUGGAGCACAGUCCAUGUGUGAGGCUUUACUUCCUCUUUUGCCGGAUGGUCAUAUAUCACGAGCACGAGGUACACAUGUCGAUAGACUGGAUAGUUAUCUCAAACCCGGGCCGGACACAGAAGGCAAGCAAGAUGACUGGAUGCAACCAGACGUACGCAUGGCAAGGGCGCCGUUGUUGUGUCACAGCAGCUGGGCUAUCGUGAGGCUUGAAGCACCGCAUUGGGGGUAUGUCGAACUGGACAAUUUUGUGUUGGGGGCUGUAGAGGAGAGUAGAAUAGAAGAUAGAUGGGUGAGGGCUGUUUGUGAAGGUCGCGCUAUGAAAGAGUUGGAGAGAUUUGGGCUA